AAGAACCAGAACGGCCCUGGUGUUGCGUCGGAAAGCAACGGGCCUUCCAAUGCUGUCAUACAGCAGAGGAUUCUGGAGUCAACAACGAAACUGGUGGAGAAGCUGAUGAAUGAGUUCGUCAGGUGUAACAAGUCCACGGGGGCUUCUACCAGCGGCGACGGCUUCCUACCUGCAACACAAACGAAGCUCGCUACCGACCCGCGGUGUGUGUGCAACAUCGUUUACGCGCUAGGGAAGAUCCUGAUGAAGCACGGAAAGAGCAGGAGGCACGAAGAGAUGAGUCACGAGUUUGGAGCAGUGCAAUUCCGCAAGGACAAGGAGAAUCACUCCUCAGACGUUGUUGGUGCAGACGUGGGCGGAUCAGUGCGGGACAGCUCCUCUUGCAGUGACCAGAAUCGACGACUAAAGCUCUUCUCUCAGGUGCAACAGCUUCUAAACUUCUUCCACGCGAACAUUUUUGAAAAAGUCGGGAACUACAUCAAGCGGGAGGAUGCGACAGGUUCCGGCCUUGCUAGAUCUUGUGUCGAAGAACAAGAGCAGAUGAAGCGCCAGCAACAUCAGAGAGAAGACAAUACCACAAUCCCCUCCUCCGAGAUUUGGUCCCAGAAAAAGCGGACAAGAGACGAAAAGCUGGAAAUCCAGGAGUUGCGACGGACGAAAAGCGACGGGAGUGUUUUUUUUUCCGAAGUCGGACUGGCGCAACUGCUGAACGGGUAUGCGCAUUUGUACGGUUUUUUCGCUGCGGGAUCACUAUCACCGGGGGAAGGAUCAACGAGCGGGGAUGGUGCUUCCCCGGGCGGAACUGGUGGCACUGGAACUGGUAUUAUUCCGCCACCACAUUUGUCACUCCUAUCAGAAGUGAAAAGCAGAUUGCAGAUGGACGAAAUGAUGCCGAAGGCGAUGUCGUUGAUAUUAUCGAGUUUGGCCAAGAUUUACACGAUUGAGGAGAAUCUGAUGAAUGAUCGUGGUCUUCUUUCAACGGAACAAACAAGCGGGCGUCUCGUGGAUCCUGACAAAGACGACGCAGAACCACGGGAACAAACCUCUAACGACGGUUCUCGUUCUACCACACCAACGUGUAGUACUAAUCAUGCUUCCACCGCCACACGACACCAAUCUAUCUCCUUCCACAC